CACCCCGCUGUUCUUUUCUCCCCCUCCUUAGCGUCUCCUCACCCCGCUCUGCUGCUGCGUCCUCACCGGCCCGUGAACAUGCCCCGGCGCCGUCCUGCCCAGGGAAUGACGUUGUUACUGCCGGUCGCUUUGUGGAUUUUCUGCCAUGUUAACGGUGCGCGCGGAGCUUUGCCAACAACCCCAAAGUGUGACGAGGCCCUGGCCUCCCCUCUGCCUCACACAGCCUUCACCAGCUCAUCUGUUUUCUCCAAUGGAUACGCAGCCGGAUACGCCAAGCUCAACAGGAGAGGAGGUGCCGGUGGCUGGUCACCUCUGGACAGUGACCAUUACCAGUGGCUACAGGUGGACCUGGGUUCCAGGAAGCAGGUGAGCGCCAUAGCAACGCAGGGUCGCUACAGCAGUUCUGACUGGACAACGCGGUACCGUCUCCUCUACAGUGACACAGGACGAAACUGGAAACCGUAUCACCAAGAUGGCAAUAUCUGGGCCUUCUCUGGGAACUCCAAUUCGGAGAGCGCCGUUCGCCAUGAGCUGCAGCAGGGAAUUGUGGCUCGCUUCCUCAGACUCGUCCCGCUGGACUGGAGUGAGGAGGGACGGAUCGGCCUGCGCAUAGAAGUCUACGGCUGCUCCUACUGGGCCGAUGUGAUCAACUUCGAUGGACAGGGUGUGAUCUCGUAUCGUUUUAAGAUGAAGAAGAUGAAGAUCAUCAAGGAUGUGAUUGCACUGAGGUUUAAGACGUCAGAAAGCGAGGGUGUGAUCCUCCAUGGGGAAGGACAGCAGGGAGACUACAUCACCCUGGAACUUGACAAGGCAAAGCUGCUGUUGCAGAUAAACCUGGGCAGUAACCAGUACGGCUCUAUCCUGGGUCAUACCUCUGUGACCACUGGCAGCCUCUUGGAUGACAAUCACUGGCACUCAGUGGUGAUCGAACGCUACCGUCGCAACGUCAACUUCACCCUGGACAGACACACGCAGCACUUCAGGACCAACGGAGAGUUUGACCAUCUCGAUCUGGACUAUGAGCUGAGCUUUGGAGGGAUGCCAUACAGUGGGAAACCAGUGGGUGGCGGAAGGAAGAACUUUAAAGGCUGCAUGGAGAGCAUCAACUACAAUGGAGACAACAUCACAGACCUGGCCCGCCGAAAGAAGCUGGACACCUCCAGCUUUCGUAACCUUUCCUUCUCCUGCGUGGAGACCCACACCUUCCCGGUCUUUUUCAACGCUACCAGUUUCCUGCAGCUGCCUGGACGAGCCAAUCACAACACAUUAUCUGUGGGUUUCCAGUUUCGCACGUGGAACCCCGACGGACUCCUCCUCUUCAGUAAUCUUGACGACGGCACGCUGGAGAUCUCCCUAGACGAUGGCAAAAUCGUAGUUCAUAUCAACGUGUCGAAGGCGAACACGAACAACCAGGUGGACUUAUUAACAGGUUCAGGCUUUAACGAUGGACAGUGGCACGCGAUACGUUUGGUGGCCAAGGAGAACUUUGCCAUGUUGAUGAUAGAUGGCGACGAGGCGUCCGCUGUCCGCUCCACCUCACCUCUCUCCAUCAACACAGGGGGAACCUAUCACUUGGGAGGGUAUUUUCUGCAGACCCUGCUCCCACCCUCCCGGCGUUCCUUCCAGGGCUGCAUGCAAGCGAUCCUGGUCGAUGACCAACUCGCUGACUUACAUGCGGUGGAAAAGGGCACCGUGGGAGCAUUUGAGAAUGUCAGCCUGGACAUGUGUGCGAUCAUAGACAGGUGUAUGCCUAAUAACUGUGAACACGGUGGGCGGUGUAAACAGACGUGGGACAGUUUCAGCUGUACCUGUGACGGAACUGGAUACAACGGAGCCACGUGUCACACUUCUAUCUAUGAGCCAUCAUGUGAGGCCUAUAAGCAUUUGGGCAGGUCGUCUGACACCUACUGGAUUGACCCUGAUGGCAGCGGACCCCUUGGCCCCUUCAAAGUCACCUGCAACAUGACAGAGGACAAAGUGUGGACGACAGUUAUGAACAACCUGCCACCCAAAACCACAGUGACUGGCUCAAGUAGAGAGAGACGCACCGUCCUGCAGGUCAACUACAGUGCCUCUAUGGACCAGGUGACCGCUAUCACCACCAGCGCAGAAUACUGUGAGCAGCAGAUCGUCUACAGCUGUCAGAAGUCCAGACUGCUCAACACUCCAGAUGGGACCCCCUACACGUGGUGGGUGGGCCGGGGCAGUGAGAAGCACUUCUACUGGGGAGGCUCGGGACCUGGCAUCCAGAAAUGUGCCUGUGGCAUUGACAGAAACUGCACUGACCUCAAGUACGACUGCAACUGCGACGCCGACCUCGCACAAUGGAGAGAAGAUUCUGGUCUCCUGGUUUAUAAAGAACACCUGCCAGUCAGCCAGGUUGCCGUGGGUGACACCAACCGACCAGGAUCUUUAGCCAAGCUGACUGUUGGACCGCUGCGUUGCCAGGGAGACAAUAACUACUGGAACGCUGCAUCGUUCACCACGCCCUCGUCCUACCUGCACUUUGCCACCUUCCAGGGUGAGACCAGCGCUGACAUCUCUUUCUACUUCAAGACCAGCGCACCUUACGGUGUCUUCCUGGAAAACCUGGGCAACACCGACUUCAUUCGCUUGGAACUCAAAUCUCCUAGGGUGGUCUCCUUCUCCUUCGAUGUUGGAAACGGACCCCAGGAGCUGACGGUGCACUCGGCAACGCCGCUCAACGACGACCAGUGGCAUCGCGUGAUGGCUGAGCGGAACGUGCAGGAGGCGGUCCUUCAGGUGGAUCAGACCUAUCGGGCAUCCAGGCUCGCUCCCGCGCAGGGGCACACAAGGCUGGAGCUUUUCAGCCAGCUCUACGUGGGGAAACCAGCCUCGCUCACCUGCCAAGACAGCGCUGCGGGGGGACAGAGGGGUUUCCUUGGAUGCAUCCGAGCCCUACGGAUGAACGGCAUCACACUAGAUCUGGAGGAGAGGGCCAAGGUCACACCCGGGGUCAAGCCCGGCUGCCAGGGCCACUGCACCAGUUUUGGAAUGUACUGCCGGAAUGGAGGGAAGUGCGUGGAAAGGUACAACGGCUACUUGUGCGACUGCACCGCCACCGCCUACAACGGCCCCUUCUGCACCAGAGAUGUCGGGGGUUUCUUUGAUGCUGGAACACUGAUCAAGUACAACUUCUUGCCCGAAGCGGUUGCGGGUGCCAGUCGGGACGCAAAGAUCCUGACGCACCAGCAGACGCCACAUGAGGUGAAUCUGACAAAGGAGGAAAUUGCUUUUAGUUUCAGCACAUCCAGUGCUCCCGCCAUUCUGAUGUAUGUCAGCUCCAAGACGCAGGACUCUCUGGCUGUGGUGUUGAGACACAAUGGUUCAAUGCAGGUGCGGUAUAACCUUGGCGGCCUGCAGGAGCCAUUUACUAUUGAUGUGGACCAGCGCAACCUGGCCAAUGGGCAGCCUCAUAGCAUAAACAUGUCCCGUGUCAACAGAAGCAUCACCAUCCAGUUGGAUCAUUACCCUCCAGUCAGCUACACACUCCCAGACGCCUCAGACACACAAUUCAACCUGGUCAAGACGCUCUUCUUGGGCAAAGUCUAUGAAACUGGACACAUAGACCCGGUCCUCAUCGAGCGUUACAACACGCCAGGCUUUGUCGGGUGCUUGUCGCGGGUACAGUUCAACGGCAUCGCCCCCCUCAAGUCUGCACUGAGAGCAGCCACACAGGCCAAGGCCACGCCGGCAGCCGGUCAGUCGGACAGACAACCCGCCAUCACCGCCGCAUCGCCAGUGUCUCACCAGGGCAAACUGGUGGAAUCUAACUGUGGGGCGUCACCUCUCACCAUCCCAACAAUGUCUGCUGCAACAGAUCCCUGGCGUCUGGACAACACAGAUGCAGAGUUCCCCUUUAAUGAGGAGAGAGUGAUUCCUGAUGGAGUCAACAGGGACUCUGCCAUUAUUGGAGGUAUCAUCGCCGUGGUGAUCUUCACCAUCUUAUGUACCCUGGUGUUCCUGAUCCGCUACAUGUUCCGUCACAAAGGCACCUACCACACCAACGAGGCCAAGGGCAGCGGCGAGUCCGCGGCAGAGUCCGCGGACACGGCCAUCAUCAGCACCGACAACCCAGAAACCAUCGAAGAAUCAAAAAAGGAGUGGUUCAUCUAACAGCCAGUGGGCGGAGGACUCGGGGAGAGAAAGUGAUUCGUUAUGACUAACGGCCGCCACAGAAAUGGGAGGAGGUAUUAUUCAGCGACCAAUCACGGAGGAGAUGGAGGAACGGCCGCUCAUGCAGGACAAUAAUCUCCCAGAGAGGGCGGGAUGUGGGGAAGACGUGUACAGGAAUCUUUUUCGUUUGUUUGUUUGUUUGGUUUUGUUUUUUUUUUUAUAUAUCCAGAGUAUUAGAGAGAGAGGACCAGUUAUUUAGCCGGGCACAGCUACGUAUAAGAGACUGUACUUGUAUAUACUAACCAGCUCGUCCUUCUUUGUAUCGUGCUUGGGAGUUUUCAGGAGUCCUUUGAAUACUGUAUAUGACAAAUAAUUAUACUUACCGGGUCAUGUGAUAGCACAGAUUUAUCGCCAGUCUCUGUUGCGUUUUGAUUUUAUUUUUUAAGAAAAGUCUUAUAUUAUAAAUGAUCAAAUCAACAUGCCAAAACCCUUUUUUCUUAUUUCAUCAACCCUCAUGUAUGCCACUAAUACUGCGGUAAUAUCAGGCUGAAUAUGAAUGCCAAAAUUCACUUUGUAAAUAAUAUUUUGUGUUUUUUUUUUUUUUUUUUUCAGAGUCCGAUACAUAAACACUGAUGAGAAAUGUAAUGUAUCUAUAUUAUGAUUAUAUCAUAAGUCUGUUCAUUAUAUACGUGUGAAGUAGAGAGUUUUAUGUUCAAAUUUUAUGACAUUCGAUUGUAACGGGACAUUCCUUUCUGAGGAAGGGCAGAGAGGGGUUUCUCAGUGCAUGAUGGGAAAUCAUGGCACUCGUGGUUGGUUUAGCUCAGUGCGGCAGCUUUCUUUUCAUUCGGAUAUUGGCGAAACCUUGAGCCUUUACUCGUUCAUACUUAAGAUGGUUGUUAGUUUCUUUGCCAAACACUUGAGUCUUACAUCUUUUUGCAUUAAAUGUUUUCUUUGUGUAUGUUUAGACGUUAGAGUGACGUUGUGGGCUGUGGGUUCGCAGUGCGUGUGGGUAUAUGUGUAGGUCAGAUCCAACAACUUGCUUGACGCUUGCUGAGUUGUAUUGAUGCACUCAACACCAGGCUUUAAAGGAGACAUAUUCUGCUCAUGUUCAGGUUCAUAGUUUUAAAUUGGGAAAAUGUUAACCUGCUCAAAUGUGUAUUACGCAAAGGUCAAAUGUGAAACAUCGACCGGACUUCUGACGAGGCAUUUCAAGAGAUUCAUUGUUUUCUGUGGCGGACAGGAGCUCCCUUUACAGCUGUCUUUGGGCUUUUUAAUUUUACAUAACACAUUUAAAAAUUGUUAAAGCAUUAUACGUCUCCUUUAAGUGGUGGAAGCAACAUAAAACAAAGAUCGUAGAUGGCUAAUAUUUAUUCAAGAUCUUGGACAAGGUUUAGAUGAUGGUUGGCUGACUUGUCCAUUGUGCCUUCGCGGUCUCGAGCCAUGUCGCCUUGCCCCGGUCUGACAACGACGAGCCUGAACAAGAACGUGACUGCUGUUUUCAUUUCUCACGAAUCUCGAUCAAAGCUUGAUUUUGAAAACCCGCAAAUUCUUUUUUUGAGCAUAGCUGUGCAGCAGGAGCAGCGGCUUUAAAGAAGAGCUGCUAACUCCACAAUAGACAGGAAGUAUACCUUCUGUGACACACACUUACACACAUGCAUGUUUGAUGGAGCAUGAGUCAAGGUCGUUCACUCAGUAGGAGGAUCCUGCUUUGUGAGCGAUGAUGAAUUGAGCUCCAUGCUGUUGUCUAACAUGCAUUCAGAAAUGUUAUGUUUUCUAACCAUGUUGUUUUCCUGACUGCAGCAUUGAUAGUGUUUUACAGUCAUAAGCAGCUGCCAACUAUUCUCAUUGUGAUUUUUUUUCUUAUUUCAAUGUUGUCAAAUCGCAGCAAUUGGCACCUCGUCGCGCAAAUGAUUUUCGUGUACGACGUCAUAUUCGCCUCGUGUUCCGAGCGCCAACUGUGCAUCAGCGAACUCAGCCCGUCUUCUACUGCAGCCUCAAGAAGACUUUACCCACACACAUCAACUCAUGAAGGCAAACAAGUGAAUUCUACUUUACUUUUUUUUUUACACUAGUUAUAUUACUCAGACUUUACAACAAUGCCCUUGAUAUGUGGUAACAGCAAUUAUGAUGGACUCUCAGCUCCAGCAGACAAAACCAUAACCCAUAUGUUUUGCUUUCCGUUCUGUUGAGUUCAAUAAAGAGUGUUUGAUCUUUGA